AAUGGCAAUCCGACUGGCCAGACCAGCCUUCUGAUGGUACCCACAUGCCCUUCCCACAGCGUGUAUGCAGGGUCCACGCUACCCUGAAGAUUUGCCUUUGGCCACUUUUUGACCCGGAAGUCAAGGAAGUUGUCCCCCCACGGUCCCCACCUGUCCAAUCCCACUUGCGAGUCCACGCGGGUCCCCAUUUGUAAGCCCUGAAAACUCUUUGAAACGCAUCUGACUGCGGUUGCGGUGAAAGAACCCGGACCGGAUUCUGGACGGUGUCCGUGUGCGCUCGACGUGCCAAAAACCCAACGACACCCCCUGAGGAGCGAGCUGACUCUCUUUGUUCAUUCAUUGAGAAAAUCGACAGUCAGUCCAUCGCACAGGAGAAAGGGUCCCUUCGUCGAGCGCCAGUAACAUGAAAUUUCCGACGGGUACGGCAUCACUGCUCAAGGGUCAAUCUCCAUCAUCGCUGUUGGCAGCCAGCCGAGCCGGGCGGCCGCGAUUUUGCGCACCCCGUGUUGCGGCGCGAGCAGCUGCCGCCGGUCGCACCCUCGCAUCAGUUCACACACCCAUUCCCACGACACCAGAUCCAUUCAGCCAGAUCGGCGCGACUUUACAAGGCCGCUCGGGUCGCAAGUAUGUCAUUCAGCAGGUGCUGCAGGACAGAGAGAAUCGCUUCGUCUAUCUCGCCGAGGCCGACAAGAAGAAAUUUGUCUUGAAGAACCUCUUUGAGUCAGAGUACAAUUAUGCUCUCUCACUCCAGCCCAAGCUUUCUGCCAGCCCCUACUUGCGUGCUGUGCACGACACCAUCCCGGGCGAGAAGAUGUUCGUGAACGAGUAUCUCAGCGAUCAUCUUCUUAAUUUUGCCUGGAAGGACCUCACUCUUCCCGUCAAGAAGCGUAUCCUCAGGGACGCACUUCGGGGUCUCGCCGCCAUGCAUGACCAUGACAUUGUUCACCUGGACAUCAAGGCCAACAACAUCAUGGUGGACUAUCGGCAGACAAGGGACGGCAUCGUCGUUGACCGUGUCCAGCUCUCGGAUCUGGAAGACUCCACACACAUCCCGCCCAAGUCUGAGCUGCGCGGACUGCAAGUGGGCAACCACUGGUGGCGCAGCCCAGAAGCGCACGUCAAGGCGGCCAUCAACAAGCCGACCGACAUCUUCUCGUUCGCCAUUGUGUCCAUCUUCCUGCUGCUGCGGAGGGUCAUUUUCUGGAUGGAUCUCCCCCAAAACAGCGACCCCAGCUUCGCCAUCCUCGAACGCCAGAUCUCCCAUUUCGCCGAUUGGGACGAUUUUGACGGCUUUCUCGACUACCUGGGUCGCGGCCACCCGUGGCGACAAAACUUCAGCCAAAUAGCUAAGACGUUCAACGAGAACAACCCCCGACGGCCAUUUUCUUUGUGGAGGAGCGACGUGCUCGAUGAGGAUUUCAAGGACCUCAUUGGCAAAAUGACCAAUUUCGAUCCGCGAAAGCGCAUCACCGCUCGCGAGGCGUUGGAACACAGGUGGUUCCAGGGUUUGGAGGACUGAUUUACGGAUUUUCGACGACAAUGCAUAGACUGGGAUUUCCUUUCGGGUUUGGGGUAUAGACAUAGACAAAAGGCAAGGGCCACAUUACAUAGAUAGACUACAACACAUAGAUAGAGAGAUACCACAACAUAAUCAAUAAUACAUUCAAGACAGC